AUGAGUGAAAUUCCGUAUUCUAAAGAGACAUAUGUUGCACAAUUGGCUGUUCGUAGAGCCUCAAUUCUUACCAAGAAAAUAGCUGACGAGCACCUCCAAAAGGGUAUCAGCAAGCAAGAUAGAUCACCAGUUACCAUUGGAGAUUUCGGAGCUCAGGCCAUUGUAAUCAACUCAAUUUUAAAGAACUUCCCACAAGAUCAAGUGGUUGGUGAAGAGAACUCCAGUCUAAUCAAAUCUCAGCAUUUGGAAGCAUCUAUUUUGAAGGAGGUUAGCUGGGUCCAGAAGCAGGACUCAAAGUUCAACGAUAUUCUUGGCACCAUUGACAAUGCUGAUCAAUUGUGCAACUCUGUUGACAAGGGAGAUUCAAAAGGAGGUCGUAAGGGAAGAUUUUGGGCACUUGAUCCCAUUGAUGGUACUAAAGGAUUUCUUCGAGGAGAUCAAUACGCUGUGUGCUUGGCCCUAAUUGUUGACGGACAAGUGCAGGUUGGGGUAAUUGGCUGCCCCAAUUUGCCUCAUGAGUUGAGAAAUUCAUCAAGUAAGCGUGGUGGUAUCUAUACUUCCAUCAGGGGUCAUGGCUCUUAUUUCCAAGACUUGGCGGAAGAGGUCAAUAUUUCAUUCAAUUCUUCUAAGCGGAUCCAUUUGCACAAUGAAUUUGACGUUUCGCAGUCCAGAGUGGUUGAGGGAGUCGAAAAGGGACACUCCUCACACGAGUUGCAGGCUCUAAUCAAGCAAAAGCUUGGAAUUUCUCAGCCUUCUGUUAACCUUGACUCCCAAGUCAAGUACUGUGCCGUUGCCAACGGUGAUGCUGAAAUAUACCUAAGAUUACCAAGGAACGUUGAUUACCGAGAAAAGAUUUGGGAUCACGCUUCUGGCUGGCUUUUGGUCAAUGAGGCCGGUGGAAAAGUCACUGACAUGUAUGGAAAUGACUUGGACUUUGGCUAUGGAAGAACAUUGAACAGCCAGGGCGUUAUUGCUUCCACUUCUACUUUACAUCCUAAGAUUAUUGCUGCUAUCAAGGAGAUUGUGGGGGAUAAGGGUGAGGAACUAUAUAAAUACUGUAAGUAG